AUUGUGAAGGGUUCGCAAUGCAUCACCGCUAAGCACACGAAACGACAUCGUUGCGAGCCAGAGCUGAGGAGCAGGACACAGACGACCUGAAUCACAUUCACAUCCUCCUCUGAAUCGUUCCAUUUCCCCGAUCUGAAUCAACCCCUGCCUGCAUUGGUGGCGCCGCUCCCCACCGGAACAACCCCCAUCUACCCUAUCCCAAUCUUUAUAUUGUCUUCCAUAAUUAUAAGAUCCUCCAUCGCCGGCGUUUCUUCACUCGAUCGAGCAUUUCCCGGACACAGAGGAUGGCCGCCGCCUUAAACCUUCGCCAGAAGCAAACAGAAUGGAUUAUCCGGAUUUUGAAUCUCAAUCAAGCUGUGUCUGUGCCCGGCGGGACGGCCAACGAGGAGGUCUACAAGAUCCUCAUCUACGACCGCUUCUGCCAAGACAUCCUGUCGCCCUUGAUCCACGUCAAGGACUUGCGUAAACACGGUGUUACCCUCUACUUCCUCCUCGACAAGGAUCGCAACCCUGUCCACGACGUUCCCGCCGUCUACUUCAUCCGGCCUACGCGGCACAAUAUCAAUCGGGUCAUCGCCGACGCUUCUGGAGCCCUCUACGAUUCCUUUCACCUCAAUUUCUCAUCCUCCAUUCCAAGGCCGCUCCUGGAGGACCUUGCCACCGGUACAAUUAGUUCCGAUUCAAUUCAGAGGAUUUCCAAGGUGCAUGACCAAUAUUUGGAAUUUGUGACGCUGGAGGACAACUUAUUUUCACUUGCCUACUCGAACUGCUAUGUCCAGAUAAAUGAUCCAUCUGCUGGUGAUAAAGAAAUUGAGGAAAUAAUAGAAAAGAUCGUGGGAGGAUUGUUCUGUGUUUUGGCCACGCUUGCCGUGGUGCCAAUCAUUAGAUGUCCUCGUGGUGGGCCGGCAGAGAUGGUAGCAUCCUUGCUUGAUCAGAGGUUGAGGGACCAUUUGUUGACAAAGAACAAUUUGUUUACAGAGGGUGCAAAAUUCACCAGCUCUACUAGUUCGUUUCAAAGGCCAUUAUUAUGUAUAUUUGAUAGAAAUUUUGAGCUCUCUGUUGCUAUACAGCACGACUUCCGAUACAAGCCACUUGUGCAUGAUGUGCUUGGAUUGAGGUUGAAUAGGUUGAAUGUGAGAGGGGAGAAAGGUGGGAUGAAAUCAUUUGAGUUAGAUCACUCAGACCCAUUUUGGGCAGCCAAUGGGUUACUGGAGUUUCCAGAAGUGGCUGUGGAAAUUGAGACGCAAUUGAAUAAGUAUAAGAAAGAUGUUGAGGAGGUUAAUAGACGUACAGGUGGUGAUUCUGGGGCUGAGUUUGAAGGGACAGAUUUAGUUGGUAAUACAAAGCAUCUGAUGAAUGCUGUGAACUCUUUGCCUGAAUUGACUGAGCGGAAGCAAGUGAUCGAUAAGCACACAAAUAUUGCUACUGCUUUAUUGGGUGAGAUCAAGGAGAGGUCUCUUGAUUCUUAUGCCAAAAAAGAGAGUGAUAUGAUGAUAAAAGGAGGCAUUGAUCGCAGCGAACUUCUUACUGUGAUCAAGGGCAAAGGGAGCAAGAUGGACAAAUUGAGGUUUGCUAUCAUGUAUCUUAUUUCUGCGGAGAAUAUUCCUUCAUCUGAAAUAGAAGCAGUGGAGGCUGCUCUAAGGGAGUCCGAGGUAGAUGCCAGUGCAUUUCAGUAUGUUAAGAAAAUAAAGUCACUGAAUGUUUCGUUGGCAUCUGCCAACUCUGCUAGCCGGAGCAAUAUUGUUGACUGGGCUGAAAAACUCUACGGGCAGUCAAUCAGUGCAGUUACUGCUGGGGUCAAGAAUUUGUUGUCUAGUGAUCAUCAGCUAGCUUUGACAAGAACAGUUGAUGCUCUAAUGGACGGUAAACCAAGCCCUGAAAUCGAAUCCUACCUCUUAUUUGAUCCCCGCGCACCAAAGUCCAACAACCCUGGGUUAAGUGGCAGCCACCUCAGGGGACCAUUCAACGAAGCCAUUGUUUUCAUGAUUGGCGGUGGGAAUUAUGUCGAAUAUGGUAGCUUGCAAGAGCUUGCUCUCCGGCAGCAACCAGCAAAACACGUUAUUUAUGGAACAACCGAGAUCCUCACAGGGGCUGAGUUUGUGGAUCAGCUUGCAUUGUUGGGGCAGAAAACUGGUUUUGGAACUAGCAGUGGUGCUCCUCCUCCAGCCCAUUGAAAGAUGAUUAAUAUCUAAUACAGGUAAAUGCAGUAGUAGUAAUCUUCGAUAUAUACACACACGAUCACGUCUGUGUUUCCUUUCGUUUUUCUUUCCUGCAAGGGGAAGCAUGCUCAAGAAAUAAUUGAUGAAUUCUUGUGAGGAGUUUGGAGUGGUGGCUGAACAGAAGUGGGCUUUGGAAGUUGAUUUGAUGAGGUUGGUUUGUGCUUUUUUUGAUAUUUAAUUUCUUGGUAAUGCCCUUUAGAUAGAGAGAGAGAAUAGCAUCAACAGUCUGUGUAGUGUUUCUUUCUGAUUAAGUACAGUUUUAUAUUUGUAUUGUGGCUAACCUUUUUCAUAUAUGUAAUGAAUAUGAAUUGGUAAAACCUCUCCCCCUGGAAUGUGAGGCUCUGUGUUUUUCUCAA